ACCGCCCGGAUCCUUCUCCGUCUUCAUUGAUUACGCUCGAUCUGCAGAAACCUCAAACGAUGUCUGCCCUUCACGACCACAGCCACAAAACCUCUAAGCCGACCAACACGGGGGGCUGCUGCCUGGCCGACUGCACCUUGGAGAAUGCGUUGAAGAUCAUCGUCGACAUCUAUCAUCAGUACGCUCCUAGAGAGGGCAAGGACGACUACCUGAGCCAGAAGGAUCUGAAAGAACUUCUCCAGUGCCAGGCCCCGACCUUUCUCUCUGCUUGUGGUAGAAGCAGCCCCGGCUACAUCGAAAAGCUUUUCAAGGAGGCCGAUGUCGACAAGAACAAAAACCUGACCUUUGAGGAAACCUUCACGGUGUUCGCUCUGUUGGCGGAUGACGCCCAUCGCAUCAGUCACGGCGAGGACAGAUGUGGCCCCGACAAGGACUGAGUGCCCCUGUAGAUGCGGCCGAAAGACGGAGGCCUUGGUGUUAUCGGCAUUGGCAUAGUUUCUCACUCGAGUUGUGACAUUCUCCAGCAAUACCAAAGUUGAAUUAUAUGCUGCCUUGGAUGGAAAUACACUCUUAACACUGUU